AUGGUUCAUAAAUAUGCUUUUGAGGCUUUAGAUAAAAUGUUAAGAGACAUUACUGAAUGUCAAUUACCAUCUGGUGGAAAAGUCAUUGUGUGUGGAGGAUUUCGACAAGUUUUACCAGUAGUACAAAGAGGAACAAAAGAUGAUAUAAUGAAGGCAAAAAUUACGGGAGAGAAAGUUACAUAUUUUAGUUUCGAUGAAGUGAUUGACAAAAAUGAAGGUUUUAUUGAUGAAGUUUUUUUGAAUAAUCUAGCUCCAAACGUUAUGUUGCUCAAAAAUAUCAAUCCUGCAGAAGGUUUAUGCAAUGGGACUAGAUUUAUUUGUAGUGACUUUAAGCAUAAUGUUAUCUUGGCUGAAAUUGGGAUAGGAGAAUAUCGUGAAAAGCAAGUAUUUUUACCUAGAAUUCCAUUUAUUCCUCUUGAAGGCGAUAAACAGUUGAACUUGUAUUUUCCCAUGGCCAAUUACUGUGUAGCUGUCAGAUAUUGCGUGGUGCUUAAUACGAAUACAAUUGGUGAAGCUGAUAUUUAG